ACACACGACGCGGCCGACAUUAAAGUGCUGUAAAGCUGGUGGUAGGACCGAAGAAGCAAGGAGUCAGUAAGAUAUCCAAACAGGGAAGGCUGCAUCUGCAGCCUGGACAGCCGAGGGAAGGAUGCCGUCUCCAUCUUUUUCCCUUGAUGCCCAGCUGCGCUUCCACGACAAAUGGCUGAAGAUAGACUUGCAGAGAGCCUUCUCUCCUGAAGGACUGAGCGAGAUGUGGAACGAGAUGGUGAAGGAUGGAGAGAUUGUCUUUGACAGAGAAGAAUCCGCCCAUCCAGAGGACUGUGCUGAUUGCACCCAAAAGAAAGAUGAUACAAACGAUAAGGAAAAGAAGGAAGAGGAGGAGGUGGCGGCUUCAUCUUUCCAUCACUCCAUCAUUGAGAUGUGGGACUGGGGGAGGCAGCCAGAAACUGGAGAGCUGAAGGACUGUCUGAUGGCACUGGUAGACGACCAACAAAAGCUAUCUUCACAGACGGCUAAGAGCACACUCUCCGCUCUGCUCCUGAGCCAGAGACUGGUGAUCCUGGAGCGCUACCUCAUCUCACUCACCCACAGUAUGAUGGAGGAAAAGUACAAAGUGCGCUGGAAAAGUCCCCCCAGCCCUCCACUCUCUGCCGUCGAUAUUAACAAAAGUGCUCGGCCAGUCAGUAAAGGAGUGGAGGGUUUGGCCAGGGUGGGAUCAAGAGCAGCUCUUUCCUUUGCCUUUGCCUUUCUUCGCCGAGCCUGGAGAUCUGGUGAUGAUGCAGACCUGUGCAGUGAGUUACUGCAGGAGUCUCUGGACGCUCUGCGGGCUCUCCCAGAAGCUACCCUGUUUGAUGAGGGCACAGUGUCGCCCGUCUGGCUGGAGGUGGUCGAGAGGGCUACCAAAUUCCUCAGUGACAUUCAUGGAAGUGCUAGUGGAAAAGCGCCCAGUAACAUUCCCCUGCAGGAUCAGCACUUGGCCCUGGCCAUCCUUCUGGAGCUUGCAGUGCAGCGAGGAACUCUCAGUCAGCUACUGUCUGCAGUUCUGCUGCUGCUGAGGCUCUGGGACAGUGGAACCAGAGAAAUGGAUAAUGAGCGCUCGACCCAGGGCACCAGCGCCCCCUUACUGCCCCUCCUGCGGCGCUUCCAGAACAUCCACAGCAGUAAGGAGGAGCCUGUUCCUGAAGAGGAGAUUGAGAUCCUUUCGGCCCCUCUGAGCCCAAAUGAGAGUUUUCUGCGCUACCUUACACUGCCUCAAGAUAAUGACCUGGCAAUUGAUCUGCGGCAGACAGCUGUAGUCAUCAUGGCACACUUGGACCGCCUGGCGGCCCCAUGCAGCCCCCUGCAGUGCAGCUCACCCACCUCUAACAAGAGUACCCUGCAGGAGGUGAUUGGUUGGGGUCUGCUGGGAUGGAAGCCUUACGCUAAUGUGAAUGGGCCAAUUCAGUGCAAGGCACUGUCAAACCUGGGCGCCACACAGAUUGUCUGCUCAGAGAAGGGUUUCCUCAUCUUGACCAUCACUGGUGCUGUCUACACACAAAACUACAAAAGCACUACGCUAGCCCCUAUGCUAGUCCACGCAUUGUCAUCCAGGAAAAUAAUGAAGCUUGCAACUCACCCGGAUGGGCAGCACUACUUGGCACUUUCAGGCAAUGGGGAGGUGUUCUCCUGGGGUUGUGGAGAUGGAGGCAGGCUGGGACACGGAGACGCUACGUAUUUAGAGGAACCCACCAUGAUUGCAGUAUUCUCAGGGAGGCCGGCAGGGAAGCAGGUUGUUCACAUCGCGUGUGGCAGCACGUACAGCGCAGCGAUCACAGCAGAUGGAGAGCUGUACACAUGGGGCAGAGGAAACUACGGCAGGCUGGGCCACGGCUCAAGUGAGGACCAGACCACUCCCAUGCUGGUAACUGCUCUGAAGGGGCUUAAGGUGAUCGAUGUGGCCUGUGGAAGUGGAGAUGCUCAGACCCUCGCUGUGACUGAGAAUGGUCAGGUGUGGUCAUGGGGUGAUGGUGACUAUGGUAAACUUGGUCGUGGGGGCAGUGAUGGAUGCAAAACGCCAAAACUUGUGGAGAAGUUACAGGAUUUGGAUAUCGUGAAGGUGUGCUGUGGGAGCCAGUUCUCCGUAGCUCUUACUAAAGAUGGACAAGUGUACACUUGGGGCAAAGGAGACAAUCAGAGACUUGGCCACGGCACUGACGAACACGUCCGCUAUCCCAAACUGCUUGACAGUCUACAAGGUAAGAGGGUGGUGGAUGUAGCAGUUGGCUCUACACAUUGCCUGGCCCUCACAGAAGAAGGGGAGGUGCACAGUUGGGGCAGUAAUGAUAAACUACAGCACUUUGACACUCUCUUCUCCAAUAAGAAGCAGCCUAAAGCCCUGCCGGGCCUUAAUUCCAAACACAUAGUAGGCAUCUCCUGCGGCCCUGGCCAGAGUUUUGCAUGGUCGUCAUGCUCUGAGUGGUCCGUGGGGCUCCGCGUACCAUUCGUGGUGGACGUGUGCACGAUGACUUUCGAUCAGCUGGACCUGCUGCUUCGGCAGGCCAGCGAGGGCAUGGACGGCAGCUCUGAUUGGCCACCGCCGCAGGAGAAAGAGUGCAUGGUUGUGGCCGCUCUCAACCUGCUUAGACUACAGCUCCAUGCAGCCAUCAGUAACCAGGUGGACCCUGACGAGCUGGGUUUGGGCCUGGGAAGUGGGCUGAUUAAUAACCUCAAGCAGACGGUGGUGACGCUGGCCAGCAACGCCGGGGUUUUAAACACUGUGCAGGCGGCCGCCCAGGCCGUGCUCCAGAGUGGCUGGUCAGUGCUACUGCCCACUGCGGAGGAAAGAGCAAGAGCCCUGUCCUCACUGCUGCCCAAUGCAGCAUCUACUAAUGAGAUGAGUGUAAGUCCUGGCCGUCGCUUCAUGAUCGACCUCUUGGUUAGUAGUCUGAUGGCGGACGGAGGGCUGGAGUCCGCUUUGAACGCUGCCAUCACGGCCGAGAUCCAGGAUAUCGAGGCUAAAAAAGAGGCACAGAAAGAGAAGGAAAUCGAUGAGCAGGAAGCCAGUGCCUCCUCUCUGCAUCGCUCUCGCACCACACUGGACAAAGACCUGAUCAACACCGGCAUCUAUGAGUCAACAAACAAGCAGAGCCUUCCAUUGGUCCAGCUGGUCCAACAGCUGCUCAGAAACAUUGCUUCACAGACUAUAGCUCGUCUUAAGGAUGUGGCACGACGAAUCUCAAACUGCCAAGACACGGAGCAGGUCAGCAAGGAGCGCUCGGCCUCUCUGGACCUACUGCUGCGCUUUCAGAGGCUGCUGGUCUGCAAGCUGUACGUGGGGGUCAGUGGCACUGUGGGUGUGGGAGGAUACACUUUGAGUCACUCCGAGAUUCUGGGUGUGGGGUCUCUUUUGAAGAAGUACAUGGCUUUGCUGUGCACACACAUUGGAGAUAUCCUUCCUGUGGCCACCAGCAUCGCCCUCAACACUCAUCGUCACUUUGCAGAGGUGGCACGUGUCCUUGAGGGAGAUCUCACAGGUGUUUUGCUACCAGAGUUGAUUGUCUCCAUCGUGCUACUGCUGACCCGUGAUGCUGGCCUGAUGCAGGAGACCGGAUCCAUUCCUCUCCUCGCUGCUCUUCUGGAGCACGUGGACCGCUUUAACCAUCUCUCCCCUGGUAUGGAGAGAGAUGAUAAUGAGGAUCUCGCCUGGCCUGGACUCAUGGGAUUCUUUUUAAAUGGGUCAAGCUCAAAGAACAAUGAGGAAGUGUCGCUUAUCCGCAAAGCUGACCUGGAGAAUCAUAACAAAGAUGGCGGUUUCUGGACUGUCAUUGAAGGGAAGGUCUAUGACAUUAAAGACUUCCAGACUCAAACUUUAACUGGGAACAGCAUCCUCGCCCAGUUUGUUGGAGAAGACCCUGUAGUAGCUUUAGAGGCCGCUCUCCAGGUUGAAGACACCAGGGAGUUCAUGCAAGCUUUCUGUGUGGGACAAUACAUGGAGCCCAACCAGGAAAUGGUGACAACUCCUGGCCUGAGCAGUCUGUCCUCACCUCUUAUAGAUGCUGAGAGGAACCUUGGUCUGCUACUGGGGCUACAUGCCUCAUAUCUGGCUAUGAGCACCCCUCUCUCCCGCAUAGAAUUAGAAUGUGCCAAAUGGCUCCAGUCGUCGAUUUUCUUUGGUGGUCUUCAGAUGAGUCAGAUCCAGUAUAAUUAUAAUGAGGAGAAGGAUGAGGACCACUGCAGCUCUCCUGGGACCACCACACCAGACAAAGCCAAACUCUACUGCCGCAGAAUCACCCUGAGUGAUCAUGCCCAGCCCUUCCUGCAGGCCAUCGCUGACAACAACACCCAGGACCACACUGUGAAGGACUUUCUAUGCCAAAUCGAGCGGUGCUGUAAACAGUACCAUCUCAUCACUCCCAUCACUUUUCCGCCAGAACAUCCUGUAGAGGAAGUGGGCCGCCUGCUGCUCUGCUGCCUUCUCAAGCACCAGGACCUUGGUCAUGUCGCCCUCUCACUUGUUAAUCAGUAUGCCUUGGGUUUGGACCAGGGGAAACAGAGGUCCCUCCCUAAAUCUGUGAUUGAUGUGUGUCGAAUGGUGUACCAGGCCAAGUGUUCUUUGAUAAAAACGCACCAGGAGCAAGGCCGCUCUUAUAAGGAGGUGUGCGCCCUAGUGAUCGAGAGGCUGCGUUUCCUGUUUAAUGAGCUCCGGCCUGCUGUCAGUAAUGACCUGUCCAUUGUGUCCAAACUGAAGCUGCUGAGCUCUCAGCCUCGCUGGAAAAGGGUCACGCAGAAACUGAUCAGAGACCGCCGCAAAAAGAGAGUGCUUAAGAAGUCAGAGUCAGCUGAUUUGGAGGAGGGUAAGAUGGAGAGGGAAGGGACCAAUGAGGAGCUGCCUGCUCCAAUCAGUCCCACCCCUGUGGACAAGAAGCAAACCACUGACAAAUCCCCAAAGCAGGAUAAGUGGCAGCCUCUACUAAACACCAUAGGCAGUGUUCAGAAGUACCGCUGGUUAAAGCAUAGCGUUCAGGGCUCCUUCUCUCAGUCCAGCCUCAUGAGCGCCAUCGUUGAGUUUGCUCUGAAAGAGGAACCGCUGGAUGUGGAGAAGAUGAGGAAGUGCCUUCUUAAACAGUUGGAGCGAGCUGAGGUCCGGCUGGAGGGUAUAGACACUAUGUUGAAGCUGGCAUCCAAAAACUUCCUCCUGCCUUCCGUACAGUACGCCAUGCUCUGUGGUUGGCAGAGAGUCAUACCUGAAGGGACCAAUAUUGGAGAGCCCCUGGCUGACUGCCUAAAGGAUGUAGAUCUCAUUCCUCCAUUUAACCGCAUGUUGCUGGAGGUGACGUUCGGUAAGCUCUAUGCCUGGGCCAUCCAGAAUGUCCGCAACAUCUUGUUGGAGGCCAGCGUCAAGUUCAAGGAGCUGGGUGUGCAGCCAGUGCCUUUGCAGACCAUCACUAAUGAGAACCCAGCAGGCCCCAGUUUGGGUACCAUUCCUCAGGCACGCUUCCUGCUGGCCAUGCUCCACAUGCUCACUCUCAAACAUGGAGCCAACAGCCUCAGUCUCCUGCUGAACUCUGGCAUCCUCGCCCUCACCCAGUGUGUUCUUCGACUCAUUGGUCCCAGCUCUGAUAGCAGUGAGGAGGAGCUGAGCUCUGUAGCUCACGAAGGCUCAGCUACAGUUCUCGAGGAGUCCAGGAAGGAGACGGCCCCAACCCCUCUCCCUGCCUCUGGCCCUGAUUUGGCAGCUAUGAUGAAGAUUGGCACUAGGGUGAUGAGAGGACCUGACUGGAAAUGGGGAGAUCAGGAUGGACCACCACCAGGCAUGGGCCGUGUGAUUGGGGAGUUGGGAGAAGAUGGCUGGAUUCGUGUACAGUGGGACACCAGCAGCACCAAUUCCUACAGGAUGGGCAAAGAGGGCAAGUAUGACCUUAAACUGGCCGAGCCGCCACCUGCCACCCAACCGGCCACAGAAGACUCUGACACAGAGGACGACACAGAAGGGGAGGUGAUGGAGAAGAGUGUUCACCCAACUGCAAUCAUGUUGACCAGUACAGUUAAUCUGUUGAAGACACUGUCACUAUCCUCUGGGAUUCACGCUGAGGUGAUGCAGGCUGACGCUAUUAGCACUCUGUGUGGUCUACUCAGGAUACUGGUGGAGAGUGGAGCCAAUGACAAGACUGGUUGUUCAUCUCACAAGCUGGUGUCUCUUGAGCAGCACAGGAGCUGGUGCACACUGGGAUUUAUUCGCAGUAUAGCUCUCAUGCCCCAGAUGUGCAGUACCCUGAGCUCCUCUGCAUGGAUCAGUCUGCUCAUACGCAUCGUGGAGGGCCACCAGUCCUUCACUGCCGUCACGCUACAGAGACAGAUUCUUGCCCUGCGGCUUCUACAGGUUGUUUUACCCUCCUGGGAUAAGACAGAGCGCUCGCAGGAUAUGACGUUUCUGGUGGAGAAACUCUUUGGGUUCCUCGGCAGCUUGCUCAGCACUUGUUCCUCAGAUUUGCCCCUCCUCAGGGAAGGUUCGAUGCGUAGGAGAAAGUCCCGCCCUCAAGCCUCUCUGACAGCAACUCACAGCAGUACCCUAGCAGAGGAAAUUGUGGCCGUACUGCGUACACUUCACUCCCUUGGCCAAUGGAAUGGCCUUGUUAAUGAAUACAUUAACUCCCAGCUCAGUGGUAUCAGUGAUAUCAUGGCAGGCAGACACACUGAAGCGGUUGUGCUUGAAGACUACCUUCCCAAUGCAGAAGCCCCGGCGGUGGGCAGUCUGAUGGCAGUUUUGGCAGUCAUCGGUGGGAUUGAUGACCGUCUGCGUUUGGGAGGACCUGUGGUUCAUGAGGAAUAUGGGGAGGGCACUGUGACUCGCAUUACACCUAAAGGACGAAUCACUGUUCAGUUCCAUGAGAUGAGGAACUGCAAAGUCUGCCUGCUCAGUCAGCUCAAACCGAUUCAUAUGGUUCCAUUCAGUGUUCAGAACCUGCCCUUCACUGAGCCUAUGCUGACAGUGUGGGCCCAGUUAGUCAACUUGGCAGGAAGCAAGCUAGAGAAACAACGCAUGAAGAAAUCCCUCAGCAGAGGACUUACGGCAGAUCAGGUGGAUGUGCAUUUGUUGCGGUGUCAGCAGCUCAGACUGUACAUCCUGAAGGCAGCGCGUGCUCUGCUCUCCCACCAGGACAAACUCCGACAGAUCCUUUCUCAGCCAGCUGUCAUAGACGUCAGCCCUAAUCCUACAGAGGAUCAGUGUGCGUCGUCUCCUGAUGUGGGAGAUUUGUCUCCCGAGGGUCCUCAGCCUCCCCUCAUCCUCCUCCAGCAGCUGCUGUCAGCAUCCACUCAACCAUCCCCCAUCAAAGCCAUAUUCCACCGCCAGGAGUUGGAGGCAGCAGCUCUGGCAGUGUGUCAGUACCUGGCAGUUGAAUCCACACACCCGUCCUCCCCCCUAUUUGAGGACAGCAGCUCCAGCGAGGCCACCACACCGGUCACUGUGCAACAUAUGCGCCCGCCCAAGCAGAAGAAACACAAGACUUCACCUGUGCCCCCUGCUCCCAUCGUCCUGCAGCUGAUGGAGAUGGGCUUUCAAAGGAAAAACAUUGAAUUUGCCCUUAAAUCACUGUCUGGAACCACAGGCGCUUCUGGAGUGCCAGGUGUAGAGGCAUUAGUGGGCUGGUUGUUGGACCAUCCAGAUGUUCACAUUACAGAUGUGUCAGAUGCAGAUACUGUAUCAGAUGAAUACUCUGAUGAAGAGGUGCUGGAAGAGCUAGAGGAGCCUGAGCCAGCCUUCCCUGUGCCUCCUGGGGUUGUGGUGACUGAGAGUCAGACUUUUAAAAAGAGGUCGGAUUUUCAGAGCAAUGAUGAUUAUGCUGUAUAUGUGAGAGAGCACAUUCAGGUGGGCAUGAUGGUACGGUGCUGCAGGACAUAUGAGGAAGUAUAUGAGGGAGAUGUGGGGAAAGUGAUCAAGCUGGACAGAGAUGGCCUGCAUGAUCUGAAUGUGCAGUGUGACUGGCAGCAGAAAGGAGGAACGUACUGGGUCCGUUAUAUCCACACUGAGCUGCUGGGGUUUCCUCCCCAGACUUCUCCGUCCCAUAUUAAGAUAGGUGAUAAAGUGCGAGUGAAGCCCUCGGUCACAACGCCAAAGUACAAGUGGGGAUCUGUCACUCACAGGAGUGUGGGUGUUGUCAAAGCUUUCAGUGCCAAUGGGAAAGAUGUGAUAGUGGACUUUCCUCAGCAGUCACACUGGACUGGGCUGCUAUCAGAGAUGGAACUUGUUCCCUGUGUACAUCCUGGUGUCAGGUGUGACGGAUGUCAGAUGUUCCCUAUAAAUGGCCCCAGGUUUAAGUGUCGGAGCUGUGAUGACUUUGACUUUUGCGAGAGCUGCUUCAAGACCCGUAAACACAAUCCUAGACAUUCAUUCGGACGAAUAAAUGAACCAGGUCAGUCACCCACCUUCGGUGGGCGUUCAGGAAAGCAGCUAAAGAGGCAUCACAACAAUCAGCGUGGCAUGCUGAUUGAUGAGUGGUCCAGAGUGGUGAAGAACCUCAGCGUUUCAUCCUCUGUUAACCAGGCGUCUCGGCUCAUAGACUGUGGAGAGCAAUGCUGGCAGUCCUCAGGCUCUCAGGGCAAGAUCCAUGGCUUGAGCAUUGUGGGGCGUGUCCGCGCAGAGGAUGAAGAUCUGGCUACUGUGCCUUUCCUGGCAUCUGACAAUGAGGAAGAGGAGGAUGAGAAGACAGCGACUGGAAGUCUGACUCGAAAAAGGUUGUCAGGGCUGGAGUCCGCUGCCACCAUCAGAACCAAAGUCUUUGUCUGGGGUCUCAACGAUAAGGACCAACUUGGUGGACUUAAGGGGUCUAAGAUCAAAGUCCCAUCAUUCUCAGAGACCCUGUCUGCGCUGAAUGUAGUGCAGGUGGCUGGAGGCUCUAAAAGUCUUUUUGCUGUGACUGCUGAGGGUAAAGUAUUUGCCUGUGGAGAGGCCACUAACGGAAGACUUGGUUUAGGACUGUCCAGUGGAACCAUCCCUAUACCAAGACAGAUAUCUGCCCUCAGCAACUAUGUGGUCAAGAAAGUUGCUGUACAUUCAGGUGGUAGGCAUGCCAUGGCGUUGACUGUGGAUGGAAAAGUAUUCUCUUGGGGUGAAGGAGAUGAUGGCAAGCUUGGGCACUUCAGUCGAAUGAACUGUGAUAAGCCACGGCUAAUUGAGGCAUUGAAAACCAAGCGCAUUCGAGAUAUUGCCUGCGGCAGCUCUCACAGUGCCGCCAUCACCUCGAGUGGUGAACUGUACAGCUGGGGUCUGGGUGAAUAUGGCCGUCUGGGCCACGGAGACAACACUACUCAGCUCAGACCCAAACUGGUCAAGGUGCUUUUAGGCCAUCGUGUUGUCCAGGUGGCUUGUGGAAGUCGAGAUGCCCAGACCCUUGCCCUUACAGAUGAAGGACUGGCGUUCUCAUGGGGAGAUGGAGACUUUGGAAAGCUGGGCCGUGGCGGAAGCGAAGGCUGUAACAUUCCUCAAAACAUAGAGCGUCUGAAUGGGCAGGGGGUGUGUCAGAUUGAAUGUGGAGCUCAAUUUUCCCUUGCCCUCACUAAAUCUGGAGUUGUCUGGACCUGGGGUAAGGGGGAUUACUUCCGACUGGGUCACGGCACAGACGUUCACGUGCGCAAGCCCCAGAUGGUUGAAGGACUGAGGGGGAAGAAGAUAGUUCAUGUGGCCGUAGGGGCCCUGCACUGCCUGGCUGUCACAGACACUGGACAGGUGUACGCGUGGGGGGAUAAUGACCAUGGGCAGCAGGGGAACGGCACAACCACAGUCAACAGGAAGCCUACGCUGGUGCAGGGUCUAGAAGGGCAGAAAAUUACCCGUGUGGCCUGCGGCUCCUCUCACAGCGUGGCCUGGACCACCGUAGAUGUCACCACACCCUCCGUCCAUGAGCCUGUCCUCUUCCAGACUGCUAGAGACUCUCUGGGAGCGUCUUACCUUGGUGUACCAUCAGACAGUGACCCAUCUUUACUAAGUAAUAAGCUGAAUGGCGUGAGCAGUGUGAAGCCCAACAGGCCAUCUCUGGCAAAGAUCCUACUCUCUCUAGAUGGUAAUCUGGCCAAACAGCAGGCCCUGUCCCAUGUGCUCUCUGCCCUGCAGAUUAUGUAUGCCAGGGAUGCAGUGGUGGGAGCAUUGAUUCCUGCCUCCAUGAUGCCUCUGGAGUGUCCCUCCAGCUCUCCGGUGCCCCCUUCAGAUUGUUCAUCAGCAUCCAGCCCCUGUGAGGCUGAGGGUCCAGCCCUGCCCUCAGAAACAGAGGAGAGGGUCAGUCCACACCCCUGGAUGGACAGCAAACGAGGAGAGGUGACCACAUCUGAGGAUGCCACUACCCCUUCUUCAGCCGUGACCCCUUCCGCUGCCUCUGCUUCAUCUCGGCCCUUUAUCCCAGUCACAGAUGACCCUGGUGCUGCCAGCAUCAUUGCUGAGACCAUGACCAAAACCAAAGAGGACUCUGAGAGCCAGAGUAAAGCAGUGGGCCCAGAGCCACAAUAUCUGGAUGAGUUCACCAGUCUGCUGGUUCCCGAUGACACACGUGUGUUGGUAGACCUGUUAAAACUGGCUGUGUCUCUGCGCUCAGGCGAUAAAGGCAAGGAAGUGCUGUCUGCUGUGCUGUCUGGCAUGGGUACAGCCUUCCCACAGGUGGCAGAUAUGCUGCUGGAGUUGUGUGUGACUGAGUUAGAGGACGUAGCCACUGACUCUCAAAGCGGACGGCUGUCAUCGCAGCCUGUGGUGGUGGAGAGCAGUCACCCAUACACCGAUGACACUUCCACCAGCGGAACUGUGAAAAUACCAGGUGCUGAAGGUUUGAGGGUGGAGUUUGAUCGCCAGUGUUCAACAGAAAGGAGACAUGACCCUCUUACCAUCAUGGAUGGAGCCAAUAGGAUUGUGUCUGUUCGAUCAGGUCGUGAGUGGUCUGAUUGGUCCAGUGAAUUGAGGAUUCCAGGAGAUGAGCUGAAAUGGAAGUUCACCAGUGAUGGCUCUGUUAACGGCUGGGGCUGGCGCUUCACUGUCUAUCCCAUCAUGCCUGCUGCUGGUCCUAAAGACCUCCUGUCAGACCGUUGCAUUCUGUCCUGCCCUUCGAUGGAUCUAGUAACAUGUCUGCUAGACUUUCGCCUGAACUUUGCUUCAAACCGCAGCAUUGUGCCAAGGUUGGCAGCCUCACUUGCUGCUUGCGCCCAGCUCAGUGCCUUAGCAGCUGGUCAUCGUAUGUGGGCCCUGCAGAGGCUACGCAAGCUCCUAACCACUGAAUAUGGCCAAUCCAUAAACAUCAACCGCCUCUUAGGAGACAGUGAAGGAGAGGCUCGCUCUAUGAGUUUUACAGGAAGUGCACUAGCCGCUCUGGUGAAAGGACUUCCCGAGGCUUUACAGAGACAGUAUGAGUAUGAGGAACCCAUAGUCAGAGGUGGCAAGCAGCUGCUCCACAGUCCUUUCUUCAAGGUGUUGGUGGCACUUGCAUGUGAUCUGGAGUUGGACACUCUUCCAUGCUGUGCUGAGACACACAAAUGGGCUUGGUUCCGCCGCUAUUGUACCGCAUCCAGAGUGUUAGUGGCUCUGGACAAGAGGACUCCUUUGCCCCGCCCUUUCCUGGAUGAGGUGGCAAAGAAAGUCCGUGAGCUCAUGGCAGACCUUGAGAACAUGAUCACACUCCAUGAGAGUCAUGACCUGUUUAAGAGGGAGCAGGAUGAGCAGUUAGUUCAGUGGAUGAACAGACGACCAGAUGAUUGGACUCUCUCAGCGGGCGGCAGUGGGACCAUCUACGGCUGGGGGCACAAUCACCGGGGUCAGUUAGGUGGUAUUGAAGGAGCAAAAGUCAAGGUUCCCACACCAACAGAAGCUCUAGCCACACUGCGACCUGUUCAGCUGAUCGGUGGAGAGCAGACCCUGUUCGCUGUAACCGCUGAUGGGAAACUGUAUGCUACAGGAUAUGGUGCCGGUGGUCGACUGGGAAUAGGAGGCACAGAGUCCGUCUCCACUCCGACCCUGCUGGAGUCAAUCCAGCAUGUUUUCAUCCGGAAGGUGGCUGUGAACUCUGGCGGGAAGCACUGCCUGGCUCUCUCCUCUGAAGGAGAACUGUACUCCUGGGGAGAGGCUGAAGAUGGAAAACUGGGACAUGGAAACAGAAGCCCAUGUGACCGUCCACGCGUGAUCGAGUCUCUCAGAGGGGUGGAAGUGGUGGACAUUGCGGCCGGUGGGGCCCAUAGCGCCUGCAUUACAGCCAGUGGAGAGCUCUACACGUGGGGAAAAGGUCGUUAUGGUCGCCUGGGUCAUGGAGACAGUGAGGACCAGCUUAAACCAAAACUGGUGGAGGCACUGCAGGGUCACCGGGUGAUAGACGUUGCAUGUGGCAGUGGGGAUGCCCAGACCCUGUGCCUGACCGAUGAUGACAUGGUGUGGUCAUGGGGGGAUGGAGACUAUGGCAAACUGGGCAGAGGAGGAAGUGAUGGAUGUAAAGUGCCUAUGAAGAUUGACUCAUUAACUGGAUUGGGUGUUGUGAAAGUGGAAUGUGGCUCUCAGUUCUCUGUAGCUCUCACCAAGUCUGGAGCAGUUUACACAUGGGGGAAAGGCGACUACCACAGACUGGGACAUGGCUCGGAUGAUCAUGUUCGCAGACCCCGGCAGGUCCAGGGUUUGCAAGGCAAGAAGGUCAUAGCCAUAGCAACUGGUUCUCUUCACUGUGUAUGCUGCACAGAGGAUGGUGAAGUGUACACAUGGGGUGACAAUGAUGAGGGUCAGCUUGGAGAUGGGACAACCAAUGCUAUUCAGAGGCCCAGGCUGGUGGCGGCACUGCAGGGCAAGAAGAUCAACCGUGUGGCUUGUGGCUCAGCACACACACUUGCCUGGUCCACUAGUAAACCUACCAAUGCUGGAAAACUGCCUGCUCAGGUUCCUAUGGAGUACAACCACCUGCAGGAGAUCGCCAUCAUAGGCCUGAGGAACCGAUUACUGCUCCUGCACCACAUCUCUGAGCUCUUCUGCCCCUGUAUCCCAAUGUUUGACCUAGAAGGACGACUGGGUGAAACUGGACACGGCGUCUCCGUUGGCUUUGACACACUGCGUGGAAUCCUUAUUUCGCAGGGCAAAGAGGCAGCAUUCCGUAAAGUGGUUCAAGCCACUAUGGUUAGAGACAGGCAACAUGGGCCAGUGGUGGAGCUAAACAGGAUACAGGUCAAGCGUUCCCGCAGUAAAGGAGGACUGGCAGGGCCGGAUGGCACCAAGUCAGUAUUUGGGCAGAUGUGUGCUAAGAUGAGCUCUUUCAGCCCUGACAAUCUGCUGCUACCACACCGGGUCUGGAAGGUCAAGUUUGUGGGUGAGUCAGUUGAUGACUGUGGUGGCGGAUACAGUGAAUCUAUCGCAGAAAUGUGUGAGGAACUACAGAACGGUCUCACUCCUCUCCUCAUCGUCACUCCUAACGGCCGAGACGAGUCAGGAGCGAAUAGAGAUUGCUUCCUGCUCAACCCAGCUGCCAAGUCCCCUCUGCACAUCAGCAUGUUCCGCUUCCUAGGAGUACUCCUGGGCAUAGCAAUCCGUACAGGAAGUCCUCUAAGUCUCUACCUGGCAGAACCUGUGUGGAAACAGCUGGCAGGCAUGAACCUGACCAUUGCUGAUCUCAGUGAGGUGGACAAGGACUUUAUUCCCGGUCUGAUGUAUAUCAGAGAUAAUGAGGCUUCUGCAGAGGAGUUUGAAGCUAUGCCUCUGCCCUUCACUGUGCCCAGUGCCUGUGGACAGGAAGUCCAGCUCAGCUCCAAACAUUCCCACAUCAGCCUAGAAAACCGCAGCGAAUAUGUGCGGCUAGCAAUAAAUUACAGACUGCAUGAGUUCGAUGAGCAGGUGUCUGCAGUAAGGGAAGGUAUGGCACGUGUGGUACCGGUGCCUCUGCUCUCUCUCUUUACUGGCUAUGAGCUGGAGACCAUGGUGUGUGGCAGUCCGGACAUCCCCCUGCACCUGCUCAAAUCAGUGGCCACAUAUAAGGGGGUGGAACCAACUGCUCCACUCAUCCAGUGGUUCUGGGAGGUGAUGGAGUCUUUCUCCAACACAGAACGCUCGCUCUUCCUCAGGUUCGUCUGGGGUCGCACGCGCCUCCCCAGGACCAUCGCAGACUUCCGUGGACGAGACUUUGUGGUGCAGGUGCUGGACAAAUACAACCCCCCGGACCACUUCCUCCCAGAGUCCUACACCUGCUUCUUCCUGCUCAAACUGCCUCGCUACUCCUGUAAGCUAGUCUUGGAGGAGAAACUAAAAUACGCCAUUCACUUCUGCAAGUCCAUUGACACGGAUGACUACGCACGAAUUGCUUUGAGCGGUGAGCCGGCCGCAGAUGACAGCAGCGACGACUCUGACAAUGAGGAUGCGGACUCCUUUGCUUCCGACUCCACGCAGGAUUACCUGACAGGCCACUGAACUCUUAACCCCUGGUUAAACUCCAUCUCACAAACACACACACAGACAUAGUGUAGGAAGUCUUGAAAAUAAGCUGACAAAAAGAAGUUUAAAUGAAAACUGAACCGAAGAUGUCUGUUUUAACCUCACUUAUUAAUAUAUGUGCAUAGACACAAAUACAACUAAAUGAAGAGAAAUAGGUGUAUAUCAUUAUGUGCAAUUAGCUUUAAAGCACUAUUAAGCUGGUGAAAAGCAAGAUGGAGAUUUUUUUUUUUUAUCUUUGUUGUGAAGAGAACCAGGAAGACGGGAGAAACUACACAUCUUUGUUAAACAUUGUGUUCACGUUUUAUUACAGAGGACAGACCGCUUAGCCUAGCACUGUGGUAGAUGACUCCUGACAGACUCCUGAUCGAUUUUGUGUUAAAUAGGUAGUAUUAUGAACUGUAGCUUUGCCUUUUUAUUUGAAAAGAGCAGUGUUUCUUUAAGAGCCUUUUUAAC